CUCAGACGAGUUGCUGGGACCGGAAGGCACUAGUUCUGUGCCUGUUCGAUGCAGCAGGUGUCCCUGGCAGAAGGACCUGCAUGAACAAACCCUAGAAGCCACGUGGAUGUGACCCUCAUCAGCAGCAGUAUGACCAGUAUGUGAUGAGGAGCUGGUGUGUUCUGGAACUGUGUACGUGCUGGUGGCAGGAGGGUGAAUAAAGCAGGCAGGCUGAGACACCCAGAAGGCAGCUGCAUUUGCAUAGCUGAGAAAAACUGGAUCUUGUUCACAUUCAGCCAGAGGAAGUCUCCUGGGGUGAAGCCACACCUCCUUCCAGCCUGACAGAAACAAGGAGCUGAAGGGAGAUCUCUGAGACCCUGCUGCUGCCACCAUGAGCUCAGAAAACCUUGGAAAAUGCUCAGAUAUUGAGAUCUUUUUUGAGGAUGUUGUUGAGUGUCUCUGGGACAUACUGAGCAGGGAGGAACUGCUUCUCCUGCUGACUGAAUUCCUGAGGAAAAUUGAGGCGAAGGCUGGUUUGUCCAGGAAAGACGAGGCUGCACUACACAAAUAUCUAAAUGAAUUGAAAGGAGACUUGAUAGAGAAGGACCAGGAAACGCUCACAAAAGAGGAGCUGGACAAGAGGAGGUUUCUGAAGAAGUUUCCUCGGGUGAAGCAGCAGCUGGAGGAGCGCAUAGGAAAGCUCCACGAGCUCGCAGACAAAGUUGACAAGGACCACAAGGAGUCUACCAUCUCCAAAGUGAUGGCCCACACCACUGGCGUUGCAUCUGGCACCCUGACCCUCCUUGGCCUGGCUCUGGCACCUGUGAUGGGGGGCGGCAGUCUGGCACUCUCGGCCGCUGGGUUAGGACUGGGAGCAACAGCUGCUGUGGCAACUGUGUCCACCAGCUACAAGGAACGUGUAAGCAGGUCAGCAGCCGAAACUGAAGCCAAUAGCCUGAUGGCAACUGGCGUCAAGAAAUGGAAGAUGCUCCUAAAGGUACUCAGGAGCAACUCCCGACUUAGAUCAACAGAGAAAUUGGCAAAAGCUGUGCUACACAUUCAAAAAAAUAUACGUGCCAUGGAAACAGGCAAAGACAACCCUGAAUUUGCAACCAAUGUAAGCGACUACUUGGGCCCUGGGAAAAUCAUAGUCCCAGGCACCCGGCUGGUAAAUAAGGCCUGUUCCAUGGUAAAUAAAGCCAUUACCAUGGCUCCAGCAGCUGUCACAGGAGCCCGGAUUGUGGGUGCAGCUACCGCAGGUGUCUUUCUCCUGGUGGAUGUGGGCUUCCUAGUGAGGGAGUCAAUGCACUUGCAUGAUGGUGCAAGGGCAGAGUCUGCUGAAAGCCUGAGGCAGCGGGCCAGGGAGCUGGAGAGGAAUUUGCAGGAGCUCAACAAUAUGUAUGAACUUCUGCAAUAGGACCUGACUCAGCCACCCCCAGAGCAGUGCAUGGAUCAGGAUACACAUGGGUCAAGGUGCAGAGAUACCUUGUUAGAGAAAAAAAAGAGAGGGAGAGAAAAUUUUUGGAGCUGAGUAUCAGGAAUUUGGGGUUUCUGCAGCUGAACACAGCAGGCGAGGGAUGGAUGUUGGUGACGGCUCAGGGAGAGUGAAGGAAGGAACCUGGAGCCUGGAUUGAGGGAAGAGGGGGAACUAGAGAAGGGUUGGGGGUGGGGGGAGAGAAACCACUUUUUCCCUUCAUACUAUGAAAUUUUACUUUGUUUUGAGGAAUAGCCGAUUAACAAUGUUGUGAAACAAAACAGUUUCAAGUGAACAGUGAAGGGACUCAGCCAUAUAUCUACAUGUAUCCAUUCUCCCCCCAAUCCCCCUCCCAUCAGAAACCACUUAUUUUGAACUAAAGAAGUCACUGGGGGCAGCAUAAAGGGAGAGGCAGGGGAACUAGCAAUGAAAGACCAGGAACAUGAAUAGGUUGAAAAUGAGAGAAAGUCAAAGAGCUAGGAUUGUUGGAAUCCAGGAGAAGUAGCAGGGGCUCCACUAGCACACUCACCAAGGUCUGAUGCCCCAGCAAGAAGAGUCUCCCCCUGUUGGUGGUCUCUAGCCCUACUUCUCCAGCAUCAGCUCACCUUUGAUCCCAGCAGCUUAUCUUAAUUAGCUAGUGACUUCUUUUGCUUGCUUGUUUCUUUAAUGGAAGUACAGUUGAUUUACAAUAUUGUAUUAGUUUCAGAUAUACAGCAAAAUGUUUCAAUUAUCGCGUAUUAUGUAUAUAUCUGUUCUUUUUAAUUUUUUCAUUACAGAUUAUUACAAGGUACUGAAUGUUUUCCCCUGUACUAUACAUUAAGUUCUUGGGGUUUUUUUUUAAUCUAUUUAUGUACAGUAAUAUGCGUCUUUUAAUCCCACACUCCUAAUUUACCCCUCUGCCCCUUUGGUAACAAUAAAUUUGUUUUCUGUGA